AUGCGGAGUUGUGACGACAAGCAUUCUCUGUGCAAAGUCCAGUCGACCUUUAUUCCGACACGCCUCCUGAAGCUACAUACGAGCGGUGGUGUAAGAAGUUUCCGCUUAGCCCUGCGCGAAGAAAUUGAGCCGGGAUCGAAGUACCUUGCGCUAAGCCAUUGCUGGGGAGACAAAUCCUGGGACCUGGAUCUCACACUUAGAGCUUCAACGCUGACAGAGUUAUCGAGAGGCAAGCCACUAUCUUGUCUUCCAAGGACGUUCAAAGACGCCUUCGUGGCCCUGGAACGGCUUGGUUUACAGUACAUAUGGAUAGACCGCUUGUGCAUAUUUCAAGACUCCGAGGCUGACUGGAGUCAGGAGUCCUCAUCGAUGCAUCAAGUGUUCAAGAGUGCAUUUCUUUGCAUCGCAGCCUUGGGUGCGGAAAACGAUGAAGGGGGCCUUUACUUUCAACGGGUUCCAAAGGAUAUCAAGCCCACUGUUAUCGACUUAUCUCUGUUUGGCACGCCAGACUCAUAUGUCAACGAGUGGGAGAUUUUCUUACUUCAUCAGAAAAGCCUCGACCACGCAACUCUAUGUAAGCGCGCCUGGAUCUUGCAGGAAAGAGUCUUGAGUCCACGGACAAUAUACUGGGGUAAACAGCAAGUUUUAUGGGAGUGCCAUGAAAUGCAUUGUUCUGAGAGCCAGCCUGAUGCCGACUGGUUUGGUGCUAGCUGGACUCGCCAAGAGGACCUCCAAAGUAGAGGGCCUAGCAACCAUCAACCCGCAUUCAAAUAUCUAAUGCCUCAAUGGCCGGGAUCUCCUUCUAGGGGACCCGAACUCCAUUACAGACAAUGGCGUGAGCUGCUUGGGUAUUACACGAAAUGCCAACUUACCAAAUCACGCGAUAAGCUGGUGGCGAUAUCGGCCAUUGCAAAAGAAACAAGAAGCUUCUUGGGAGCCCUUGGCGAAGAAACCAGAUAUUUGGCUGGGAUAUGGGAGGCUGAAUUACCUGAAGCUUUGGCAUGGCGUGUGCAUCCAGACAGUAUAUGCGGGAGACGGCCGGUCGAUUACCGGGCACCUUCAUGGUCUUGGGCCGCAGUAGAUGGGGAAAUCAUGGGUUGCAUUAAGCCUCCUGACGGCAACUCAUUGGCCGAAGUCAUGUCAGCGGAGACAACUCCCCUGACAGAUGAUGAGACUGGCCAGGUUACGGAGGGCGCCAUUACACUUCAAGCUAUAGUGCUGCCGGCCACAGUUGAUGAUGUUUACUCAUGCCCGGAAUGGUACAGGCGGAUGAAAGCAAUCCCGUCUCGUCAAGUCACGUUGUCAAGCUUUCAUGAGCCUGGGCUUCAAGCUAUAUAUGGAUCUAUGAUUGAGUCCAUGGCCCAAGCCUGGGUUCAUUUCGACACUUACGAUGACAUUUGUGCCGAGAUUCAGUUUGUACCUUUAUAUAUGCGUUGGUUUUUGUCUAUCUGGGGACUCGCCUUGGUCCCAGGGGAGGGGGGGUUCAGGCGGGUUGGUGUAAUUCAAGUCAAGAUCCCGACUGAUAAGCAAGCAGCUUUGGCAUUCAUAGGCCAACUUCCUCGACAGAGUGUGGUUAUUAGAUAG